GAUCGGGGCGCGAGUCAGGUGAUGCUUCAGGGUUUGAAGCCGCACCGCGAGGGAGCAAGGCCGCGGUGGCAGCGCUUGGCGCUGGGACCCGGGCUGCUCCGCCGCGCCCGCUGGCGUCCGGCGCUUCCCGCCGCAGUAUGGCAGCCCCGGUAGGCCGGCGAGGCUCAGAGACAGAGCACCUCUUGACCUCCAGCCCCGGAUAUGGGACCCAGGCAGGGACUUCACCGGCCCCUCCAGCCCCUCUGGAAGAGGAAGACCUCCGCCGCCGUCUCAAGUACUUCUUCAUGAGUCCUUGUGACAAAUUUCGGGCCAAGGGCCGUAAGCCCUUCAAGCUGAUGCUGCAAGUGGUGAAAAUCUUGGUGGUCACUGUGCAGCUCAUCCUGUUCGGGCUCAGCAACCAGUUGGCAGUGACGUUCCGGGAGGAGAACACCAUUGCCUUCCGCCACCUCUUCCUUCUGGGCUACUCCGAUGGGGCGGAUGACACCUUUGCAGCCUAUACGCGGGAGCAGCUCUACCAGGCUAUCUUCUACGCUGUGGACCAGUACCUGAUGCUCCCCAGUGUGUCACUGGGCCGCUAUGCAUAUGUGCGGGGCGGGGGCGGCCCCUGGGCCAAUGGCUCGGCCUUGGCCCUCUGUCAGCAGUAUUACAACCGUGGCCACGUGGACCCAGCCAAUGACACCUUUGACAUUGACCCAAUGGUCAUCACUGAUUGCAUCCGUGUGGACCCCCCCGAGAAACCCCUUGUGCCCCCCAGUGAUGAUCUCUCUCUUUUGGAUGGCAGCCCCAGUUACAAAAACCUCACACUCAAAUUCCACAAGCUGAUCAACGUCACCAUCUACUUCCAGCUGAAGACCAUCAACCUCCAGAGCCUGAUCAACAAUGAGAUCCCAGACUGCUACACCUUCAGCGUCCUAAUCACGUUUGACAAUAAGGCACAUAGCGGACGUAUCCCCAUCAGCCUGGAGACCAAGGCCCAUAUCCAGGAGUGUAAGCACCCCAGCGUCUUCAGGCACGGAGAUAACAGCUUCCGGCUCCUCUUUGACGUGGUUGUGAUCCUCACGUGCUCCUUCUCUUUCCUGCUGUGUGCCCGCUCCCUGCUCCGUGGCUUCCUGCUGCAGAAUGAGUUUGUCAGGUUCAUGUGGCGCCAGCGGGGACACGUCAUCAGCCUGUGGGAGCGGCUGGAAUUUGUCAAUGGCUGGUAUAUCCUGCUGGUUACCAGUGAUGUGCUCACCAUCUCGGGCACCAUCAUGAAGAUUGGCAUCGAAGCCAAGAACCUGGCCAGCUAUGAUGUCUGCAGCAUUCUCCUGGGCACCUCGACGCUGCUUGUCUGGGUCGGCGUCAUCCGCUACUUGACAUUCUUCCAUAAGUACAACAUCCUCAUUGCCACACUGCGGGUGGCCCUGCCCAGCGUCAUGCGAUUCUGCUGCUGUGUGGCUGUCAUCUACCUGGGCUACUGCUUCUGUGGCUGGAUCGUGUUGGGGCCCUACCAUGUGAAGUUCCGCUCGCUGUCCAUGGUAUCUGAGUGCCUGUUCUCGCUCAUCAAUGGGGACGACAUGUUUGUGACAUUCGCGGCGAUGCAGGCACAGCAGGGCCGCAGCAGCCUCGUCUGGCUCUUCUCCCAGCUCUAUCUCUACUCCUUCAUCAGUCUCUUCAUCUACAUGGUGCUGAGUCUCUUCAUCGCACUCAUUACUGGUGCCUACGACACGAUCAAGCACCCAGGUGGUGCGGGCGGAGAAAAGAGUGAGCUCCAGGCCUACAUCGCGCAGUGCCAGGACAGCCCCACCUCGGGCAAGUUCCGCCGCGGGAGCGGCUCGGCCUGCAGCCUCCUCUGCUGUUGCGGCAGGGACGCCUCGGAGGAGCAUUCGCUGCUGGUGAAUUGACUGAACCACGACUGCCAUUGGACAUUACCCCUAGGAUCGCGGACUGUGGAGAUUCCUGCUUAUUUAUUUUUAGGGUUUGCCUUUUAAGGA